GGCAACGGCCUCAUCAGCACAGCCGUAGCCUGCGACCACCGCCUGCACACCCCCAUGUACUUCUUCCUCCUCAACCUCGCCCUCCUCGACCUGGGCUGCAUCUCCACCACUCUCCCCAAAGCCAUGGCCAAUGCCCUCUGGCACACCAGGGCCAUCUCCUACGCAGGAUGUGCUGCACAGAUCUUUUUCUUUGUCUUCUUCAUCUUGUCAGAAUAUUUUCUUCUCACUGUGAUGUCCUAUGACCGCUACGUUGCCAUCUGCAAGCCCCUGCACUACGGGACCCUGCUGGGCAGCAGAGCUUGUGCCACCAUGGCAGCAGCUGCCUGGGGCACUGGGCUCCUUAAUUCCCUGCUGCACACUGCCAAUACAUUUUCCCUGCCUCUCUGCCAAGGCAAUGCUGUGGAUCAGUUCUUCUGUGAAAUCCCCCAGAUCCUCAAGCUCUCUUGCUCACACUCCUAUCUCAAAGAUAUUUGGGUUCUUGUGGUCAGUGCCUCUUUAGUAUUUGGGUGCUUUGCUUUUAUUCUUUUCUCCUAUGUGCAGAUCUUCAGGGCUGUGCUGAGGAUGCCCUCUGAGCAGGGACGGCACAAAGCCUUCUCUACGUGCCUACCUCACCUUGCUGUGGUUUCCCUGUUUCUCAGCACUGGUACUUUUGCCUAUGUGAAGCCCCAGUCCCUAUCCUCCCAGUCCCUGGAUCUGACCGUAACAUUUUUGUAUUCAGUGUUUCCUCCAGCAGUGAACCCUCUCAUCUACAGUGUUAGAAACAAGGAGCUCAUGUGUUCUGUUAGCAAAGUCAUUUCACAAAUGUUUAUGAACUGUGAUAAGUUCACUCUCUAUUCUUGCAGUCUUUAGUGUCAUUUGUAUUUAUUGUUCUCUGUGAUGGAUGGUUUUAUUCAUUGGAGUUCUACUGAGGAAUUAUUCUGGUUUGUUUCUAUUUCCAGUUGUAUGAAUAUGUGUCUAAAUGUA